AUGACCGCCUCCACGCUCCCUCCAAAAGCCGUCUCCGCACCAGGCAAAGUCCUGCUGGCAGGCGGCUACCUCGUCCUGGACCGCAACUACACAGGCCUGGUCUUCGGCCUCGACGCCCGCAUCCACGUGUACAUUGAGCCCAUCAAGACCAAGAGCGGCGUCACGCUGUCCGAGAUCAUUGUAAAGAGUCCGCAGUUUCGGGAGGCGACGUGGGAGUUUGGGUAUCGGUUGGUGGAGGGGGAAGGGGGCAUUGGGGUCACGCAGUUGAGGGCCAACCAUACCCUCCCCCUCCGCAAAAACCCCUUCAUCGAAACCACCCUCACCUACACCCUAACCUACAUCACCACCCUCCUCCCGCACCCGCACCUCUCCCCCUCCACAAUCUCCAUCCUCGCCUCCCCAGCCUACUACUCCAACCCAGGCACCUCCCCUUCCUCUUCCACCUCCUCCCCCUCCCCCUUCCUAAAAUACCCCGUCUCCCUCCCCGAAGCCCACAAAACAGGCCUCGGCUCCAGCGCCGCCCUCGUCACCUCCUUCACCGCCGCCCUCCUAACCUACUACCUCCCCACCCACAUCUUCGACCUCGAAACCGACGCCGGACUCCGCAUCCUGCAUAACCUCUCGCAGGCGGCGCAUUGCGCGGCGCAGGGCAAGGUCGGUUCCGGGUUCGACAUCGCGUCCGCCGUUUACGGGAGUUGUUUGUACCGGCGGUUUUCCCCUUCGCUGCUUUCGUCCCUUCCGGCCCCCGGCUCGCCGGGAUUUUCUUCAAAGCUGAAGGCGUUGGUGGAGGGGAGGGAUGGCGCAGAGUGGGACGUCGAGAUUAGGAAGGCGGCGAUCCGCAUGCCGAGGGGUUUGAGGCUCGUCAUGUGCGAUGUGGAUUGCGGGAGCGAGACGCCGGGCAUGGUGAAGAAGGUGUUGGGGUGGAGGGCGGAGCAUAAGGACACCGCGGAUCGGAUAUGGGAUGCGCUGCAGCAGGGUAACGAGGAGUUUGCGGCGGAGCUGACUAGACUGGCUGGGGAGGAGGAAGAUGCUGGGAAGGAGAGAUAUGCCAAGUUGAGGGACAUCAUUGCGAGGAAUAGGGCUCUGAUUCGCGAAAUGGGUCAGGCGUCGGGCGUACCUAUCGAGCCGCCGCAGCAGACGGCGCUGUUGGAUGCGUGCUCCAAGAUCGAGGGGAUCAUUGGAGGUGUGGUUCCCGGUGCGGGCGGAUACGAUGCUGUAGUGCUGCUGGUGGAGGAUCGGGAGGAGGUUAUGGCUGAGUUGAAGAAGUUACUGGCGGGGUGGAAGGAGGCUGCUGAUGAGGAGAAUGGUGUGAAAAUUGGGAAGGUUGGCAUUCUGGGCGUCAGGGAGGAUAUGGUGGGUGUUAGGUUGGAGGAUCCAACGGGAUAUACGGACUGGCUGGACUGA